AUGAAAAAUCCUGUACUAAAUCUAGAAUCUUUUUUAAAUAAUAAUGAUUCUUUGUUAAUAUUUGAUUCUGAUGAGUUAACUCUUGUCGAUCACCCUUUUCAUUUUGAUGAAUAUAAAAUUACUUCUGAAAUUGUACAAACAAAAAGUAUUGAAAAAGCUGAUUCUUAUAAACCACACAAGACCAGAGGCAUAAAAGAAAAUAAAGAAGGGUAUUGUUUGCCAUGCGAUAAAUGGUUUAAGUUAAAGAACAGUAGUUAUUGGUACCAUAUGAACUUUAAGCAUGGCAUAAAUUCAAAAGGUAUAAAAUAUCCUGAACCAGAAAUAAGAAGAAAUAAUGGUAAAUUAGAAGGGUUCUGUGAGGCUUGUGAUGGUUGGAUUACAGUGGGAUAUAAAUUUGGAGAUAAAAAUUAUAAAUUUGGGUGGUAUAGACAUUGCCAAAAAGAACAUAGAUUUGUACAAUAA